AUGGAGCGGGCCCGGCCCCGGGGCGGCAGGGGCGGCUUCUUGGCGGGCCGGGGGUCGGUGCUGCCGCCGCUGCUGCUGCUGCUGUGGCUGUGCCCCCAGGCCCCGGGGGGGUCCCCCGCCUGGCUGCUGGGGCUGCGGCCGGAGGACACGGCGGGCGGACGCGUGUCCCUGGAGGGGGGCACGCUGCGGGCCUCGGAGGGCACCCGCUUCCUCCUGCGGGUCUUCUUCCAGCCGGGGCCGGAUAACGGGACGGAGGAGCGGGUGCCCCGGCUGCUGUUCGUGGAGGAGCCCCCGGCCCCGGCCCCGGCCCCGGCCCCGGCCCCGGCCCCGUCCCCGUCCCCGGCCGGUCCCGGGGGCGCCCAGCGUUGCCUCGGGGCCAGCGGCCGGACCUCGGACGUGGAGGUGCUGGGUCCCCUGCGGCCGGGCGGGGCUGCGGGGUCGGCCCUGGUGGAGGUGUGGGUGCGGGAGGCGCGCAAGGGCGGCGGGGCGUCCAGCCUGUUCUCCCUGUGCGCCUGGGACGGGCGAGCCUGGCACCACCACGGCGCGGCCGGGGGGUUCCUGCUGCGGGUCCGGCGGCGGGCGGCGGGGCCGGGCGUCGGGCUGCCGCCGUCGGGCUGGCUGCGGGGGCUGGGGGCCGUGCUGCUGCUGCUGCUGUCGGCCCUCUUCAGCGGGCUGCGGCUCAGCCUGCUGGCCCUCGACCCCGUGGAGCUCCGCGUGCUGCGCAACAGCGGCUCGGCGGCCGAGCGCGCCCAGGCCGGCCGGGUGCAGGCCGUGCGCGGCCGGGGCACCCACCUGCUGUGCACCCUGCUGCUGGGCCAGGCCGGGGCCAACGCCGCCCUGGCCGGCUGGCUCUGCGCCGCCGUGCCCCCGGGGCCCGGACACCGGGCCGGCGGCGGGGAGGACCCCGGCGUCCCCUUCCCCUGGCUGCCGGCGCUGCUGUGCGCCGGGGCCGUCUUCCUGGGGGCCGAGGUGGGGCCCUACUCGGUCUGCUCCCGCCACGGGCUGGCCAUCGCCUCCCGCAGCGUGGGCCUCACCCGCCUGCUCCUGGCCCUGGCCUUCCCCCUCUGCUACCCGCUCAGCCGCCUGCUGGACUGGGCCCUGCGCCAGGAGAUCAGCACCUUCUACACGCGGGAGAAGCUGCUGGAGACCCUGAGGGCCGCCGACCCCUACAACGACCUGGUCAAGGAGGAGCUCAACAUCAUCCAGGGCGCCCUGGAGCUGCGGACCAAGGCGGUGGAGGAGGUCCUCACCCCGCUGGGCGACUGCUUCAUGCUGCGCUCCGACGCCGUGCUGGACUUCGCCACCGUGUCCGAGAUCCUGCGCAGCGGCUACACCCGCAUCCCCGUCUACGAGGGGGACCGGCGCCACAACAUCGUGGACAUCCUCUUCGUCAAGGACCUGGCCUUCGUCGACCCGGACGACUGCACGCCGCUGCUGACCGUCACCCGCUUCUACAACCGGCCCCUGCACUGCGUCUUCAACGACACCCGCCUGGACGCCGUGCUGGAGGAGUUCAAGAAGGGAAAAUCUCACCUGGCCAUUGUCCAGCGGGUAAAUAACGAGGGAGAAGGGGAUCCAUUCUAUGAGGUGAUGGGCAUCGUCACCCUGGAAGACAUCAUAGAGGAGAUCAUCAAAUCAGAGAUCCUGGAUGAAACUGACCUUUACACAGACAACCGGAAGAAGCAGAGGGUCCCCCACCGGGAGCGGAAACGGCAGGACUUCUCCCUCUUCAAGCUCUCAGACUCCGAAAUGAGAGUGAAGGUUUCACCGCAGCUUCUGUUGGCCACGCAUCGAUUUAUGGCCACAGAGGUGGAACCCUUCAAGUCCCCGUACUUCUCUGAGAAAAUUCUGCUCCGGCUCCUGAAGCACCCCAAUGUGAUCCAGGAGCUCAAGUUUGAUGAGAGGAACAAGAAGGCCCCAGAGCACUACCUCUACCAGCGCAGCCGUCCCGUCGACUACUUUGUGCUCCUUUUGCAGGGUAAAGUGGAGGUGGAGGUUGGUAAAGAAGGGCUUCGCUUCGAGAAUGGAGCCUUCACCUACUACGGUGUCCCAGCCAUCAUGACCACGGUCUGCUCAGAUAACGACGUGCGGAAGGUUGGAAGCCUGACUGGAUCCUCCGUCUUCUUGCCUGUUUCAGUGUCUCGAACCUUUGCCCACAGCAGAAGGGAAUCCUUGGCAGACUCCCCAGUAAACCGAUCCCCUUCUCGCUGCAGUGGGUUGAAUUGCUCAGAGUCUCCAAACCGAGAGCGCAGUGACCAUGGGGGGAGCACCACUCAGCUGUACACCAGCAACAACCUCUACACGCCUGACUACUCAGUCCACAUCCUCAGUGAUGUUCAGUUUGUGAAGAUCACCCGGCAGCAGUACCAGAAUGCCCUGACCGCUUGUCGCAUGGACAACUCGCCCCAGUCCCCCGAUGCAGAGGCCUUCACCAACGGGGACUCCACGAAGGCCUCGACGGUCCGGGGGACACCACAGACCCCCAAGGACGAGCCUGCCGCCACCCUCCUGAAUGAGAGGAGCAGCUAUCAAUGCAGCCGAUCAGAUGGACUGAGGAGCCCCAGCGAAGCGGGCUACCUGAGGAUGGAGGAGGUCCCCUUCAUCCAAGAGGAGCUGGCUGACAACGAGGAGAAUGGAAAACGGCAGUGUUUGCUGCCCACGGCCCCUGCCUCAGAGAGGACAGCUGGUGAAUCUUGUAACAUCACCCUGGACUCCGACGCUCCAAACGUGGACCUUAUGACCAGUCCCUCGGGGAGUAAUUUCGAGGAAACUCUGGGCAAGAAGCUGCUGAGAACACUGAGUGGUCGAAAGAGAAAGCGGUCAUCUGAGGGAGAACGGACGCCUGAGGAAAAUUCCAAUUUGACCCCUCUCAUCACCUGACAGGAAGCAGGAGGGAGCAGGGGCCGGAGAUGUGAACGACCAGGAUUCUGAUGCUGCUCCUUGGGGGUUGGCCUCUCCAUCGCUCGCUCCAUCCCAGAGGCCGGCCCCUGGCACCAGAGACACUCGCUUGCUUUUCCUCUUCAUGUUUCCAUCCCCACCUGUCAGAUCGAUAGCCCACCUCUCUCAGCAACAAUGUGGCCCAAAACCCUGCUGAUGUAAACCACCACCAAUGGAGACGCUCCAGCAGUGAUUCGGAAGGAGCUUGCCAAGAGUGACCAGAGACUUACCUCUCCCUGCUUGUUCCACGUCCUUGGAUCCGGCAGGAGACAAUAGAUGAGCAAGAGUAUGGGCAUCGGAGUCUCCUUUCCUCGUCCUUGUGGGAUGAAGAGCGACUGAUGCCGCCACUCCACCCCCUGCACGUGACCCAGCACCCGGGCUACCCCUGGACUAACAGUGCCCUGGAGGUGGGUGACGUCUCUGGCCCAGCAGAUGGAAUUAGGCUAUACCUGGGCCCAAACCAAGUUGGGUGACCCAGCAUUUGUUCUGUCCAGGUCUCUUGCAAAGCAAGAUUUGGGCUGGUAGAGGAGCUGGGGAUCUGAAUUGAGGUGAAGAAGCUGUGAUGUGGAUCUCAGAGGAGAAGAGGGCAGGGGGACCACACCUUCCAUUCAUCCUGCCCACCCUCAGGGCACGUGGACCCCCAGCUGGUCACUUCGCACGGGGCAGAGCGAGGCAGAUAGUGGGUUAGAGCCAAGGAUGGAAGUUCACGUUUCCUUUAAAGCGCCUUUUCGGCUGUUGAUGAGUUUUGCCAUUUGUAAACCAAAGAGAGCCAAGUGGACCGCAAGGGAAGGCGGAAUGUGCCUGUUACCCCCUCACGUGGGGCAGCCUGAGCUGGCUGAGUCACAUGGGCAGAAGUAAUGGAAAGCCCUUCUCCCUCCCUCCCUCCUUCCCAACCCCUGCCCCAAUACCCAUAUUCCCCUGGUCCGAGGGAUGGGACCAGGGUGGAGGAGAAAGGUGGUGGAAGUCAAGCUGUCCAACUCGAAUCACUGUGGAGUCAGGAGGCGGCACUGACAGCAGGAACAAACCCCAGCUAGAGAGCUGUGGCCCAGCCCAAUAUAAACCCGUCCCUUUCACGCAUGGCCUAAAGCCUAGCGAUGCAUGAGUGUGCGCUGACCCUCAGACCACCUCGCCCAUUGUCAGUCACUUACCUGGCAUUUGGGGCCAGUAGCCAAGCAGCAGCUCUGCACCCCUCACAGGGGGCAAAGCCAACCGCCCCCUUAGGCAGAGACCUGUAAUCAGCUGCUUUCGCCCGGCCCCCACCCCUGCACGGGGAACCGUGGGGCGGGAGGUGCCCUCCCCUGCUUCCAGCAGUUCUCCCUGCCCAAGGGGCCCCGGGGUUCAGCUCAGGGCUCUUUUCUCUCGCUUUCACCCCCUGGCUCAGCCAACUGAGGAGCAGCCUAGCUCCUCCUUCAUGGAUUUUUCUUCAGGGACAAACUGUGGGGUGAGGAUUUUAGAUAAAGUAUUUCUGAAGGUUCAAACCAAUGUAAAUAGUUUUUAAAUAAAAGGCAAAUGCGUUUCCCUGGAA